AUGACCUAUACCUAUAGUUCCAGAGCUCUGGUUGAAGAUUUGGCCCAAACGAUGGACAUAAGCAACGGCCAUGCCCCAAAACAACUGCCCUUCACGUUGAAGCGGUUUCACAUUUCCGAAGAAUACGGUUUCCUUCUCCCAAAUGCUUUGCAAGAACUUCCUCCUUUCUAUGGCCCAUGGUGGGAGAUCGCUCGCCAGCUGCCAGACCUGAUUGAGGACCACAAGCUCCGCUCACGUGUGGACAAGAUGCCUUUGCUCAGCAGCCAGUACCUCCAAGGUUAUCGGGAACUCGCUCUGGCCCAUUUGGUCCUUAGCUUCAUCACAAUGGGCUACGUUUGGCAAGAAGGCGAAAAAGGGGUUGCCAAGAUCUUGCCCCGCAAACUCGCCAUCCCUUUCUGGGAAAUCUCUCAGACGUUAGGAGUGCCUCCCAUCCUGCUUCAUAUGGAUUUUGUUUUAGUAAACUGGAAGAAAAAGGAUCCUUAUGGGCCUCUGGAAAUUGAGAAUCUGGAUCCCAUUGUUUCCUUCCCUGGAGGAGAGUCCAGCCGGGGCUUCAUUCUUAUCAGUGUCCUGGUUGAAAAAGCUGCUGCACCUGGAAUCAAGGCAGUGGCCCAAGCCAUCAAUGGCCUCCUUCAGUUUGAUAACCGGAUGUUGGAGGAAGCCUUGCGGGAACUGACCAACACUCUCAAAGACAUGAUGAGCACAUUGAAGAAAAUGCACGAUCAUGUGGAUCCGGCAGUCUUUUAUGGUGUGGUACGGAUCUUUGUUUCUGGCUGGAAGGACAGCCCGGCCUUCCCAGAUGGUCUGAUCUACGAAGGAGUCAGCGAGAAACCACUCUCGUAUUCCGGGGGAAGCGCAGCCCAGAGCACCACUUUGCACGCGUUUGAUGAACUCCUUGGAAUACAGCAUUGCAAAGAAAGCACUACGUUUCUGCACAGAAUGAGGGAAUACAUGCCACCCGACCAUCGGGCCUUCAUUGAGGAAAUGCAGUCCUUGCCUCCACUGCGGUGCCACGUCGUGUCCUGCGGCUCUGCAGCGCUGCGGUCCGCAUACAACGAGUGCGUGGCUGCCCUUUCGGACUUAAGAACACACCACCUCACCGUCGUGGCCAAGUAUAUUGUCAUUGCAUCUCACAAAGCCAAGGGGAAAUCCUCCGCUCCCGGAUCCGUUGGCCCCAUGUCUUUCCUGGACGAGACUGGAACGGGUGGCUCAAGAAUGCUGAGCUUUUUGAAAAGCACCCGUGAUGCCACCCGGGAAGCCAUGAUAACAUCCUAAGAGAUUCCAACUGUA